AUGACUUGGGCUUUGACAUGCCUGUUUGGAUUUGUGGCUGCGUUUAGUGUCGCCAAUCUCUAUUAUACCCAUCCGAUUCUCCAUGUCUUAUCGGAGGAUUUUGAUAUUUCAGAAGAGCGUGCCUCACUCGUUCCAACGCUGCUUCAGACUGGCUAUGCCGCUGGCUUGCUCUUCAUCGUGCCCGUUGGAGAUCUUGUGCCUCGUCGGCCGAUGAUUAUCAGCUUAGUGUUUGUGACGUCCAUGAUUUGGCUUGGCUGUUGCCUAACGAAAAAAUUCGAAGUCUUCCUCGGCUUAUCAUUCGUUGUUGGCCUCUUCACCGUCACGCCGCAACUCAUGUUUCCCUUGACGGUGCGCUAUGCUCCCGCCCGCCAUCGAGCCACGAUGACCGCCAUUGUAAUGUCCGGGCUUGUAUUUGGGAUCCUGGUCGCUCGUUUGUUUUCCGGCAUUGUGACUCAGUACGCGGGUUGGCGCGUCAUGUACUGGGUGUCAUUUGGCUUGCAGCUUGCGAUUAUCCUUCUCGUCUUUCUGUUCAUGCCUGAUUUUCCUAUCUUACGGCCUGGUGGGUCGUAUCCCGGCGUCCUUCUCAAGAUGGUACAGUUGCCUUUCCAAUAUCCCGUGUUGACACAGUCGUCACUGGUUGCCUUUCUGAACAUGGGCAUGUUCACUUCCUUCUGGACCACUUUGACGUUUCAGCUGGCUGGCCCUACUUUCCAUCUGUCGACUCUUGUCAUUGGUCUUUUUGCCUUGGUUGGCAUGUCGCCGAUUGUAUUCAGCCCCCUAUUCUCUCGCUAUGUGAUGAUACAUCUUCAUCCAAGCGCCUCCUUGAUCAUAGGGCAAUUGAUUUUGAUCACAGCUGCUUGCAUAGGAACGUUUACUGGCACAUUUUCGCUAGCAGGACCCAUAAUUUGGGCCUGCAUAGGAGACCUGGGUAGCAACAUUACAACUGUGUCCAACCGCAUGUUGUUUGCACAUGUCGAACCUACUGCGCAGAACACCGUCAACUCAGUCUACAUGGUGUUCACUUUCUGCGGCCAGCUUUUUGGAACGGCAGUAGGAAACAAGCUGUAUGCGGACGGCGGAUGGAUUCGCAGCGGUGCUCUCUCCAUCGGUCUUGUAGGUGGGAGUUUGGUUAUUAUUCUCCUUCGAGGACCGCAUGAGAAAGGUUGGAUAGGCUGGAGUGGCGGCUGGGAAGUGAGAGCGAAAAGGCUGAAGCAAAGAGAGGCUGAGGCCACUCAGGUAUCAUCUGCCACAGAGAAUCCACCUGACGAAGAGGCGGCUAUUCAGCAGGAGACUGAGGUGAAAGAGAAGUCAUGAAGAGAGCCAUGACAAUAUUAUGAGAGACGACUUCGACGUAAUUAAUAUCUGAGUAUAUGAUUAAUUCAUAGAGAAAGAGUUUGGGUUUUGAAAAGCAUUUUAGUAUAAAAGUAUAUAGCGGUAGUUGGGCUCUAGACGGACAACUCUUCCUUCAACAUACGAAUCCC